AUGAGUUCCUACUUUGUAAAUCCUCUUUUUUCCAAGUACAAAGGCGGUGAAUCGCUGGAACCAACUUACUACGACUGCAGAUUUCCACAAAGUGUUAGCAGGAGCCAUGCUCUCGUAUAUGGUCCGGGCACUACUGCUCCCACCUUCCAGCACCCUUCACACCACGUCCAAGAGUUUUUCCACCAUGGAACCUCCAGCAUCUCCAACUCUGGAUACCAGCAAAAUCCAUGCGCCUUGGCGUGUCACGGAGACGCUUCUAAAUUCUAUGGAUAUGAAGCUCUACCGAGGCAAUCGCUUUAUGGUGCUCAGCAAGAGACGACUGUUGUACAAUAUCCUGACUGUAAAUCGUCUUCCAACAGUAACUCUAGCGAGGGACAAGGGCAUUUAAAUCAAAAUUCGUCUCCCAGUCUCAUGUUCCCAUGGAUGAGACCUCACGCUCCCGGAAGACGCAGUGGCAGACAAACUUACAGCCGGUACCAGACCCUGGAGUUAGAAAAGGAGUUCCUCUUCAACCCGUAUUUGACACGAAAGCGGCGGAUUGAGGUCUCUCACGCCCUGGGACUGACCGAGAGACAAGUGAAGAUCUGGUUCCAAAACAGGAGGAUGAAGUGGAAAAAAGAAAACAAUAAAGAUAAGCUGCCGGGGGCCAGGGAUGAGGAGAAAACGGAAGAAGAAGGGAAUGAAGAAGAGGAAAAAGAAGAGGAGGAAAAAGAAGAAAGCAAGGACUGA